CACCUGCUCCUCUCACCUCUACACUCCAUCACCAGAACCAUGACCUGCUGUGGCUGUUCCGGAGGCUGUGGCUCCAGCUGUGGGGGCUGUGGCUCUAGCUGCUGUGUUCCCGUGUGCUGCUGCAAGCCCGUGUGCUGCUGUGUGCCAGCCUGUUCCUGCUCCGGCUGUAGCAAAGGGGGCUGUGGCUCUUGUGGCUGCUCCAAGGGGGGCUGUUCCUCCUGUGGGUGCUCCAAGGGGGGCUGUGGCUCUUGUGGCUGCUCCAAGGGAGGCUGUGGCUCUUGUGGCUGCUCCAAGGGGGGCUGUGGCUCCUGUGGCUGCUCCAAGGGGGGCUGUGGCUCCUGUGGGGGCUGUAAGACCACCUGUUGUAAAUCUAGUUGCUGCCAGUCCAGCUGCUGCAAGCCCUGCUGCUGCCAGUCGAGCUGCUGUAAUCCCUGCUGCUGCCAGUCCAGCUGCUGCAAGCCCUGCUGCUGCCAGUCCAGCUGCUGCAAGCCCUGCUGCUGCCAGUCCAGCUGCUGCAAGUCCUGCUGCUGCCAGUCCAACUGCUGCAAGCCCUGCUGCUGCCAGUCCAGCUGCUGCAAGCCCUGCUGCUGCCAGUCCAGCUGCUGUAAUCCCUGCUGCUGCCAGUCCAGCUGCUGCAAGCCCUGCUGCUCUCAGUCCAGCUGCUGUGUCCCCAUCUGCUGUCAGUGCAAGAUCUGAGGCUCUGGACACAGACCUUUUAUUACCCUCUACAGCCACACUCUCCACACAGCACUUCUCCAAAUGCCAGAGUCACCUAUAAGUCUUCAUCUUCCAAGUGAUAGAAGUUGCUUCUCCAGACUGAUGGGGAGCCAUAUCUCUUGAUAUAAAAAUAUGCCUCUCACUGGUAGCAUUAGAUCUUCCUGCUGUGCUCAGUGAAUCAUGCCUCUUCUCCCUCUACUUCCUCUUUCCUGUCCUUGGGACCUUGACACACAUGGGUUCUGACCUCCCCUGGAUGAUUAUGGAGUGCUGGAGUGGCCAGCAGCUUGUGGGACCUGACAACCUGAAGCUGUGAAUUCCUUUUCCAUCAAUUACUCGUCCAUUUCAGGAACAUCACUACCUGCUCAUCUCAGGCCCUCUUGCAAUCUGUAUGACAAGGCAUAAACUGUACCCUUGACAUCCUUAAAUAAAUAUCCCCACU